CACUUCUUCACAACCAUAGCACAUUUGAUUGGGAAGAGGGGAGGUGUUGACUGAGCAAGUAUUUUGCAAAACAUUUAUUUGCAAUCUGAUGAUGUAAUCCCAAAAAUAACGGCAAGAACAACAAUUCUAAAACAUGUUUUUUAUUCUUUUUGAAAAAGUAACGGCUGUUGUGACUUACAUUACUUUGUCAGUUUAGUAAAAUCCAAGUUGAAUUUGCAAUUUUUAAUUCGUAUAUGAGGACGUAAGUAAACAACGAAACCAAAACCGAAACCAAAACCAUGUAUUUAGCUGACAUCAUUAUAUGUGAUCCAGUUUCCCACUGUCACAGUUAAGAAGACUAGAGAAAACCAACUAUUAUUAUCAAGAAGACACAGGAAAUUACACUGAAAUCCAACAGGUACAAUGAAUACAAAAUUUUCUGAUGAUGCAAGACAUUUAUUUGAAAAGAAAUUUCAAUUCAGAAGUGAAAGACCAAAAUGGGUUCUUCCAUCUCUAGAUGUGUGUUUUAAGAAACCACUUUGGAGUAUACCAGAACUUAUGAAUCUGAAGGACAAGUUAAAUGCUACCAAAGACUUGUUGGAAGGUAAAAUUCUUCAUGACUGGCAUCAACAUACAACAUACACCAACAAAGCUGGAAACAUUAUUUCUGCAGUGAGAAAACGAGCUCGACCAGAACUAUUAACCCAGGCUUGGUGUAAAUUCUAUGAAAUUCUUAAGAGCUAUCCAGUUGUCCCAGAUACUUUGAUGUUGCGAACUUUACAUCUUUGUGAAGCUCCUGGUGCUUUCAUAACAUCCCUAAAUCAUUUUCUUCAGUCAGAAGAAAAGUUUACAGAGUUAAAAUGGACAGCAAAUACUCUGAAUCCGUAUUAUGAAGGAAAUGGAUCUGAUACAACAAUAUUUGAUGAUCGCUUUAUCUUUCCAACUUUGAGAAACUGGGUUUUUGGUAAGGACAACACAGGGAAUGUAAUGAAUCAAGGAUUUUUAGAUGAUCUACUUGAAAUCACUGAGAUGAAAGGACUCUUUCAUAUGGUGACAGCAGAUGGCAGCAUUGAUUGUUCUUUUCAUCCAGGAGAGCAGGAACGUUUAGUGGCACCACUUAAUUUUGCUGAAGUGAUACUUGCACUUCAUGUGUUAGCUGCUGGGGGAAGUUUUGUUGUAAAGAAAUUCACACUGUAUGAGUGUGAAUCUAUAUGCUGUAUGUACCUUUUGAAUUGUGUUUUUGAACAGGUCAACGUAUACAAGCCGGCAACCAGCAAGUCAGGAAACUCUGAAGUCUAUAUUGUGUGUUUGAAAUAUAUGGGAAAGGAAAAUCUAAUAAGUUUCCUCAAGUUAGCCCAGUCAAUAAUUGGAAAGCAAUAUCUUAGCAAUGCUAUGUUUCCUUUGGAGUGUUUGCCACAUGGAUUCCUGGAACAGUUAGAAAACUGUUGUCGUCUAUUUAAAGGCUACCAAGAAAUUACCAUUAAGGAGAAUUUGCGUCUGUGGGACCAUAUGUCAGAUCAAGACUCUUCUUUUUUACACCAUGUAAAGGAUGAAUGUGUGAACCUGUUCUUUCAGAAGUACAAUAUUAGAUAUAUAGAAACCUGCAAGAGGAUUAUAAAAGACAGAAGGCCUAAUGUGAAUACUUUGGGACAGAACUUCAAAGUCAUGACAGAGCCAUCCAAAUCAAAUGAUUCCAACUGGCAAGAUAUUCUACGAGAAAUAACAGAUCAUUUUAAGAAAUGUUUUCCUGAUUCAGACUACGAGUUUUCUGAAAGAACUGAUUGUGUUAUAGAGUGGGAGUGUGGAGUUCCUAUUAAUUAUGAAAGAAUUAAUUCCAAAAAAUGGGUAACUACUGGGGCAACCUUUAGAAAUGUGUGGAGUUCAAAGUUUUGUCAACAGCCUCUAUUGAAUCUUUUUCAUAGACUCAAAGAUCAUGUUCAAAGUGUAAAGCAGAGAAAUGCCAAAGAUUUCUUUUCAACAGAGUGGGAUUGGUCAAAACUCUCACAAAUAAUUGCUAAGCAACUCAGGCCCAGAUGGCAGUACAAAGAAGUGUGCAUAUUGUAUUCUGACAGUAGCAAGAUGACUGCAGUUGUUAAUGGACUUAAGUCUGCCUUUCCAAAAACUCAGGAAUUAUGUUUCCAAGUUGGUAAAGGUGAAUUAAAACAAAAAUGCAGUGAAGUUCAUGUCCAAAAAGUGAUAAUUUUAGACACUGUGAGCUGGUUAGACAGUGACAUGGAAGAACAUGGGAUAAACUUUAAACAGUAUCUCAUACGGGAAUGUAUUGAGAUACUUGAGACUCUAAACAAAGAUGACUUAUUGGUGGUUGUAGUGAAAGACAUACUCAGCAGAUUUAUUGUAGGUUUCAUGUACUUGUUAGCAAACCUGUUCUUGACGGUAAUUUCUGUUCCAUUAGCCUUGGAAAGUACUGUAGAUACCCCACAGGUUUGGAUGUUUGGCCGUUUUAGCACUUCUAAUAAAGUUAUCAUUGUCCAGUCUCAUCUUAAAUUUGUCAUGGAAAAACUAGUCCAGUUACAGAAAACAACAGGCACAACUGUCUUGGAGGUUUGCCCUCUUUCUCAUCUUUGUGAGGAGCCCUUUUAUUCAUUUGUUGUAAAACGGAACUUUGUUUGCCUUAAGAAAAGAAUAGAAGGGAUGAUUGCAGCAGAAGACAGAGAUGAAGGAGAAAGUUCCACCACCUGAUGCUGUGUUUGGAAAAUAGAAGUUGUCUUUCAUUUAUAGAUUUCUUCAGAAAAAUUAUUUUGGUUUAGUUAUCACAGUAUCGCAGUAGUAUAGGUUAAUUACUAAAGACAUUUUAUUAAGCUAAAGAAGAAUUAAAGGGCUGUGAUAAAAAGUUACACAGUUAUUAUUAAUUUUUGAUUUUAUUUUUAAUAGAAAGAAAACAAUCUUAAAAAGAAAUUAUGUAUAAGAACUACUAAGGAAAACAGCAAAAAAAUUACAAAUUAUAUAAGGAUGAGAAUAUAUCAAAAUACAUAAAUAAAAAUGUAAGGGGAAAAAUAAAAAAAUCUUCAUCAGCUGCAAACGUCUGUAUCUGUGUCUGAUCUCUGUUUUGUUUUGUAAUAAUGACUUUUUUGUCUUAGUUGAGGCCACUGGUCAUUGCUUUGUUUUCUAAUAAUGAUUUUGUUUUCUAUCUGCUGAGCAUUUUAUUGGCUAUUCUCUGUUUGGUUUGUAAUGUUGACUUUAUCUCUUAACUGAUGACUUUGGUAUUCAUUGGUCUUUGUUUUGUAUUAAUUAUUUUGUUUCCUCUCAGCUGAAGAUGUUAUUAUUGACUGUUCUGUGUUUUGUUUGUAAUGAUGACUUUGUUUCUUCUCAGCUGAGGACUUGAGUAGUGACUGGUAUCUGUUUCAUUUUUAUUAGUAUAUUCUUUAUUUUGAUAUAAUUAUUGUUUUAUUCAUGAAUAUAAGCAUCUGAGAGAAUCACUAAGUUUAAAAUUUCUAUUUCAUCUUUAUUUUAUCAUCUUGCUUUUUUUUAGCAGGUCAUCAAGUUUUGACCUUAUUGUAAAAGAUUUAUACAUAUAAAUUUUUAAUAGUAAUACACAUUAAUUUUUACUUUCUUUAAUACUUUAUUAGAUUGGACAACAUUUGUACUUAAAAGUGCUACUGACAUGAGGAAACUUAUGUUUGUAAAAUGGAUGCUUUAAUAUUAAGCAUUUGAAAUUGCUUACUUUAGUUAUAAAAUUACUGUCUGAUUGAAAAUUUAUAUUUUUUUUAUUGUUAUAUGUAGUUGUGAAAAUUGUGAAGAAUACUUGCUUCCAAAGUUGGGCACAUGUGAUAAGGGCAUGCUUUUUCUUUUUGUGAAGACACUGGCUUCCUAUUGUGGUAGUUUCAUCAAUUUGCAAGAACCACAGUGCAUAUUUUGUUAAAAUUACUUAAUAUGGAUGUAAUUAGCUUUAAAUUUUGAAAAAAAUGGUAGUUUUGUUCAAUUGUUUAAAAGAAAAAAGAAGAAAAUUAAUUUAAACUGCUGUACUGAAAAAAAAGUGCUUUAAAGUUAAAGGCUGUGAUGUGUAUAUUGUGGCUAAAAUAUUACUCAAGCUGCUCUUUUGGCUAUUAUAUAUAUAUUAUUUGGUUUUUAAAAGCCCAUAAAAUAAUUUUGGGAUUUGAUUCAAGUAAAGCAACGUAACAGAUAUAGAGUUAUUAUAUUCUGAUGGUGAUUUCCUAACACUUACUUCUUACUCUGCAACUGGUUUUUUUAUUACAUUACAAGCAUAGUGUACUGUGUUCAUUGAAAUUUUCAAGAAAUAAAAAAACAUUAUUUCAGUGUUCA